CGUUCGUGUACAAAAAGAUGAGGCGUAGAGCGCUUUACGUUCGGAGAAGAAAGAGAGUAAUGGUUAAUGUGAGCUCGAGGAAGCUCAUGAGCCGUCUCCGUCGUAUGGUUGCUCCAGAAACGAGUUCUUCUAGUGAAUUUGACGGUGAGACACUUUAUCGUCUCACGGCUGAUCACAUUUUGCUUCUCCAAGCAAGAGUCCAACUUCUUCGUCAUAUUUCUUCUAUAUGUGGUCUCUAGAUCGAAGAUCCAUGGCCACACACAUAUAUAUAUGGUUAAAAGUAACCGAAGCAAUGGUAUAACUAUGGAAUAAACGUCUAUAUAUUUGCUCAAUUAAAUAACUUUGCAAGUCGCAUAUUAUGAUGCCGAAGCUGUAAUUUGAUGUAAUGAUUUGGAUUUAUAUUUGUGUUCUAUUUGGCUGUGAGCAGUCUCUUAUAUAACGCAGCUACACAAUUCUUAUUUUAUUUUAAAUCACGUCUGGUGUAUAUCCUGAUAUUGAUUGAACGUCCG